CGCAUUGCAUUGCAGCGCCGCCGCCCUCAUGGAGCCGGGCGCUGCGGCGGCCCCGGCGCUCCUGCUGCCCCUGAGCGAGGCGGAGCAGCAGUGCUACGCCGAGCUCUUCGCCCGCUGCCGGCCCGGCCCGGCCCCCGAGGCGGCGGCGGGGGGCAGCGGCGUGGCCGAGCUGUUCAGGGCAUCGCAGCUGCCCGCCGACGCGCUGCACCAGAAAAAAGUAGGUAGCAGAAAUGAAACAGUGCCAGAGAAUGGAGUGCCAAAGAGGAAAUGCUGGAAUAAACUUCAGAAAUCCAAGAGCAGCAAGAUUACGGAACUGUGUGGUGCAAAACGUGUGGGUUACUUUGGUCCUGCUCAGUUUUAUGUUGCUCUGAAAUUAAUCGCUGCAGCACAGUCUGGCCUCCCGGUACAGCUAGAGAGCAUUAAGAGUGAAUUGCCUCUGCCCCGGUUUGUGGCAUUGAAAAAUGACAGUGAAAUGAGAUAUGGGACUCCAGCAGAAAUCCAUGGAGCCAAAUGUCAGAUUCCACACACAGCUUUGGAUAAAAAUUCCUUCAAAAGAGCAGAUGAAGGAGAUAAACUGCAGGAAACCAAGUCUCCCCCUAUGUCACCAAUCGGUUCACCUCCUGCUUCUCCUUCUAGUUACCAGAGAGUGCCCUUGAGUUAUGGAUACAGCAAAUCAAGGAGUGGGCAUGAACAGAAGCAUGGAGCUUCCUAUGAAUCCAGACAUUCUGCUCAUCAACAGGAUGAAUCAGCAGUGGGGAAUUAUGGAGCCAAAUCUGCACAUGGGCAACUUAGUAGGUCUCUUUCAGCAGAAAAGGAACCACAGGACAGCAGCAGUAAUUACUCAGAUGACCCCUGGAGGAUAACUGAAGAACAGCGAGACUAUUACCUUAACCAGUUCAAAACCCUGCAGCCUGACCUGAACUCCUUCAUUUCAGGUACUGUGGCUAAGAAUUUCUUCACAAAAUCGAAGCUUCCUAUUCCAGAGCUUUCUCACAUAUGGGAACUAAGUGACGUUGAUUGUGAUGGAGCGCUGACACUAGCAGAGUUCUGUGCUGCCUUUCACCUCAUUGUUGCUAGGAAGAAUGGUUACCCAUUACCAGACAAGCUGCCAGAGACACUACUGCCAGAUUAUCUUCAAACAGCUUCCCUUAAGCCUAUACGUGACUGUGCAUUAUUUGAUUCUUAUUCCGAGUCAUUGCCAGUCAGCCAACAGACCAGGGACUUUAAUCGAACUGAGCUUGAAACUGUUUGUGAAGAUCCAACCAACUCAGAGCCAUUGAUUCUGUUUGAUGUGAUGACCUCUGUUAUUGAGCCAAAGACAUCAAUUGAGGAGGUGUCUGAUAAAUCUGCCCUGAUACAAGCUGCGAAUAGUGAUGACAAGCAAGCCUUGAAAAUAAGCACUACUGCCAAAACAAUACCAAAGGAAUUUCAACACUUGGCUGUCAAAACAGUUGCUCAUGAAACGAACACUCUCAAAGCAAGACCCAGAUCCAGGUCGUAUUCUAGCACAUCUAUUGAAGAUGCCAUGAAAAAGGGAGAAGAGCCCCCUACUCCCCCACCAAGGCCACAGAAGUCACAUUCCAGAGCCUCCUCCUUAGAUCUGAACAAAAUCUUCCAGCAAACCACACAAGCUGUUAGAUCAGGCUGGUUACCACCACCACCUGCCCUGCCACCUCGGCCUUUUGUAUCACAGGUCCCUCUUGUUGCAAAUACUGAACCAGCCACCCAACCCAAAUCUAGCUACGUAGACUUCAGAGUACCGGAACAGGAAGGCAAGAUGAGGCCAGCCACGUUGCUGCCCCAUAACUCAGCUGGCAGAAAUUGGGAGGCAAUCUACAAGACAGAACAAGUAUCUGAGAUUGAAUUACACCCUCAGAUGAAUAGAGUCCCGCCACAGAUCGAAGAAAGCAGCCCAACAAAAAAGGAGAUUCUGCCUACUCAGCCACCAUCCAAACCAAUCCGCAGGAAAUUUCGCCCCGAAAAUCAGAUGUUGGAGAACCAGGAGCUUUCUCCCACUAUAAGUGUGACAUCUUCCUUGCCUGCUGUCAAGUCCCACCACCCAGUCCAAAAACAGUCUUCCAAGCAGAAGAGAGCUAUUCAGACUGCCAUUCGUAAAAACAAAGAAGCCAAUGCCGUGCUAGCCAGGUUGAACAGUGAACUCCAGCAGCAACUGAAGGAAGUUCACAAGGAACGAAUAGCAUUGGAAACUCAGCUGGAGCAGCUUCGUCCUGUAACUGUUUUAUGACCUUCAGCACUUUAUUCAGUGGUGAUAACUGAGUCUUCAUGCCAAGAAUCUUCUGACUUUAUUAUUUAUGUAAAGUUUUCAGUUAGGCAAUGGCUGAGGGCAAAAUAAAACAUUGGGUUUCUUUUGCCUACCACUAUGCACGUUUUUCUUCACAAAUGAAGGCGGUACAUGAAAUGAAUGUCAUACAGUAGGGAAUGUCUAAAAAGUGGAAGUUUUUUCCCCACUGGUCCUUUUUCCCCCAUGGGUUCCUUCCAGAUGUUACAGAAUGCACAUUACCACCAAAUUGUCUAAACUCUGAAAUGAUCAGUAUUGUAUUUAUUUAAAGAAUUCCUGAUUUAUAUGCAUUCCUGGGGAAAAAAUGAUUCAUGGUUACAUGCUUUCAGAACUCUUGUUUAUAUUCAAAGUUCAUUUUCUGAAAUGGUUUCUUGGAUGUUUCUGAUUCAAAGAGGUUUAUACCCUGGCAGAUUGUCUGUGCUGGUAAAACACAAGAGAGAAUGAAAAAGAUUAUACAUAUGGAGUCCAUAACCACAAUCACAUCAGAUAAUUAUCUUUUGUACUGCCAUUUAAGAUUCAUUUUUCAUGUUUAUUAAUGUUAUAGCGUUUGUAUUUUAUAAGAUAAAAAGCAUGUAAAGGGCACUUUCAAGAAGUAAAAACUGUUGAGACUUGCUGAUUUUGGAAAUGUAAAAAACCCUUCAUUUCUGAGCUCUAGACAGCAGGAAAGGUUCAAAAUGAGCAGGGGUGUGUGGGUGUGGGGUGUAUGUGUUGGGAGAGGAGGGGAAGUUUCUAAAUCAACAUCGUAACUUUAUCAAUGGAAGUUAAAACAAACUAUAUAUUAGAGAUUUUCUCAUGUUUGUUUGCAUUGGCCUACGUUGCAUUUUGUUAAGAACCCAAACUAGACGUGUUUCCAGGGUAAAUAAAAUUAUCUAUAUGCUGUAAGUAAGUUUUUUAAUGAUUUUAAACAAAUAAAUGAAUCUUACAAGGGGCUAUAGGAGAUGCUCCUGCAGUGAUAAAAGCUUCUUAGCCCAUUUCCAUCCCCAGAUAGAGAGCUAAAGGUCCCAGUGCUUUGGUCCUGGAUUGGACUCAGAUAUUUGAAGUCUAUGGAAGUCUUUCCAUAUACUUCAGUUUUUAAUGGACUAAAUUCUCUGUAAGCCUUUCUGGCAACAGGACCUUUCUAACUAUUCUUUAUUUCUUGGACCAGUUCUCUUAUUACAUAUAAUUUUUGAAGUUAGAAAAUCAUCCUGACUCGUUUCAUAGGCUUGAUGUAUGCUUUCUUACAAGAGACUAUUGCAUGAAUGUUUCUCUCUCCUUCCCCACUCAAUCUUGUAUUUAGUGCAUUUCACAUCCUUCUGUUCGAUGACAUAAAUGAAGUAUAGUAUAUGCAUUGAGUUUGGGAAAUCUGUGCAUUGAUUUUCUUUCAUUAUUUGUAAUACUUUAUCCAUCUAGCUAUGGGUUGGCCCCAGGGGGGGCAGGUUAGAAAUAACUAGCCAGUCUUCUGUCAGGAUAUAGUGUGAAAUGGAUAAAUGUGAAAAAGCUACAGUGGGAUACGAGAACAACCAAAAGCUUUAUCAAGAUGUAAAAUAAGAAUGACAUCAAUGUAAAUGUUUAAAGUUGGCAUGGUGACUAAGUGGAGUGCUUUGGCUGAAAUUUAUAUAGAUCAAGAGUUGAUAAAACUUUAUUCCAAAGGUAGGGAGGGGCAAGCAUUUGAAGAAUAAGGUUAACUGAGAAAGUGUGUUUUUGUAAUACAUCACUCCCCAGCUCACUGACUUUUGUUUGCAUUUACAACAAAUAACCACCUUUUGUGAUUUUUGUGUUGCUUUGUGUUAAUGCUUCACAGUUUGAGUUAGGAAGUUGUUCUGGGCAGUGAGAAAAGGAAGUUAAAAUAAAAAAUUAAUCUUAAUCUCCAUUAAUCGUCUAUGAGAAUCCUGGAAAAAAAAUUCAAAACUGUCUACAUUUCAUUCAGUAAGACUUGCACUCCUAAGUAGAGCUGCUUGGAAGCUUUUUGAUAAAACUUUUUGUUUUUCCUGUCAGAAAAUGCUGAUUUCUUGAGAUGGAAACUUUUUCUGGGAAGAUCUAUUUUGAUUAAACUUAUCUUGGGAAGAUUGCUCAAGUCCAGGAGGGAAUUUUGGCUAAAAUGGGAGACACUAACCCCAGAAUAGCCAACAGUCCCAUGUCAACGAGUUAGGAUGGGGAAAAGCCAAUUUCAAAUCCCUGUUCUGAUCUGGAGCAGCUGCUAGAAUCCAGUUGUCCCAGAUGAGUGCCCUAACUGCCAGACUACAGAGCUGUUCUCUCUCAAAUGCUGUCUUUCUCUUAUCCAAUAAUAUUUAAACAAAGUGAAAAAAAUGCACUGGAAGAAGUCGAGAGAGACUGAUUCAGAACAGAGAUUUAAACCUGACUCUCCCAUAUCCUAGGCGCAUAGUCUUAUCACCAGUCUCUAGUGUCCAUCUCUAGAUUUCACUUACUGGAGCAGAUGUGUAUAAAUAGUCACUGGGCCAGAGAGAAUCAUGUGGGAAGAGGCCAUGGAACUUAACUCUCCCACAUCUCAGAGAAUGUCUUUACUACUGGAUAAAUGGCUGUUUGAGGGAAGGGAAAGAGAAUUUGUUUUGUGCUCUGGUGCUCAUUUAGACAAGAUAUUCCAUCCUGAACCUCAUAAAGCAUAGUCAAAACCAAUACAUUGCUGUGAAAAGUUUGGUUUUAACAAACAGCAAUUUACUGAGCUGGCAUCAAAACAUUUGCAACUACUGGUAGCAUUUAUCCCUUUUGAAGAUUAGGCCACUUUUUAUUCCAGUGCCUAAUGUUAAGCAUAAUAGCAGGUGGAGAAAACAGGUUUCCAUUCAGGGGAAGGACAUCCUAGGACAAUCUGCCUAUGACAUUUGACCUUAAAGAUUAAUGUCCUCGGUUUAUUAAAUUAGUAGUACCAUUAGGGCACAAUGGAGACUGUUAAUAUCUCCUUUGAGAGGGAUCCACUAUUGCUGUUGUAACAUAGAAUUUCAGUCUUUAGCAAAUUCAGCAUGACCAACAGUAGCCCCUGAAAUUUCAGAUUUACUUUGAAAUGCUAUAUCCAAACAUAUUUGUACAUGCUGGUUUUAAUGCUGGUUUUAAUCUCCUACCACUUCAGUGAGAGGAACUGGUAUACCCAUCUUCUUAACAUUAAAAGCAUGCUACCUAAACAUUACUGGAAGAUAAUGGCUUGCAUUACAAAACUCCCCCUGUGUGGUGUGUAGGAUUUGGAACUCUGCACAAGAAGCUUUAAAAUGGAUGUAAUUUGGAAAUAAGCCUUUCCUAUUGUAGAAACUGAGUUUAACUCCUGAUGCAGUACAAUGUAGAUACGCCCCAGCUUAGCUCAGAAUAAGCAGGCUUAUCUGGCUUAGGUACUGGACUCAUUCUAGUCUUGGUAGCUAAUCUACCCUACUUCUGAGGUGAAGGGGGAAUGUCAUCACUUCUCUAGCUUGGCCUGUUAUUUAGCCUUUAGCAUAGGCACACCUUAGGUUGCAAGAAGUAUCUACUGUUAUAAAAGUCAGGAUGGGAAAGAGGGAUAAUGGAUCCACAUGUUUUAUCAACUAAAGUGAGAACUUAUUUUUUCAGAACAUGAAUACUCCAAAUGAUAUAAUGAAUUUGAGAAGAAAUUAUAUAUUUUGAUGUUGUUCUUUAAUUAUCUUCACAAUAAUAUACUAUAAAAUAUAUAAUGCAUCUUAUUCUGCUAUUUACCAUUUGAUAUACAAUAUGGUGUUGGGACCUUGUUAAUCUGAAAUUUAAAAAAGUACUGAGGUUACUCUAUAUUUGUAUUUUAACUUAUUACAGUGUAGUAUUUCUCCAUAUUCAAGCAGACUUAUUUUCACAGCUGCAAAAAAUGUGAGUGUGGUAGACUGCAAGAUAGAAUAUUCUCUACUAUGCAUAUCCAAUUUUGGAAAAUGUACAUGAUGUAAAAUGGGGUGCUAUGUUAAAAUAAAAAUUUACAUAACUUCAAA